AUGGAAAAUGAGAGGACAUCACCAUGGAGAUCGAUAUGGAUUUCAAUCGGUAUUCAGUUCAUUGUAGGGAUCCAGACAUCGAUUUACUACAUGUCAAUGUGGCCAUAUCUCAGCCUUAUAGAUCCUACGGCUACAGUCGAUUUUUUGGGAUGGGUAAUUGCAGCAUGUAGCUUAGGAUGUUCUAUAGCCAACCCACUGUUUGGGUUCUGGAACCAGAAAACUAUGUCCAUCCAAGCUCCUGUUAUUGUAGGAAUGAUUGUAAUGAUUAUUGGUCAAGGCAUUUUUGCUCUACUGCCUGUGUUCACAUCAGGCCAGAAGUGGAUUAUGAUGGCAGCAAGAUUGAUAACUGGAUUUGGCGCAGGGACCUUAUCAGUCCUUAGAUCCUAUGCUGCUACGGCAUCUACCUCACGUGACCGUCUACGAGCGGUAUCGUUCGGUACAGCUGGAUACGUUCUUGGUCUUUCCUUUGGCCCAGCAAUACAGGCGAUUUUCACACCAAUCGGAGAAUCGGGACUGAGGAUUGGUCGAGUAGUAUUCAAUAUGUACACUGUCCCACCAUUAUUUAUGGUGGUCUUGUCGGUGAUCUGUUGUUUCAUAGUUAAGUUUCUUUUCAAGGAAGAAUACGCUGGGAUAAUUAAGGACGAAGAUAGGAAUGCGGAUCCGUUUAUGGUAAUUCCAAAAUUCGACGUUAUUCCAGCACUAAUAUGCAUUUAUUUGUGGGUAGUAUCAUGUAUGGUGGCCACUAACAUAGAAGUGAUCUCAACGCCAUGGUCGGUUGCUAUGUAUAACUGGAAGGACUCAGAUGCAGUUUUAUAUAAUGGGAUCUUUCAAACGGCGUCCUGCCUUGUUUCUUCUGGGAAUAGUUUCCUGAUUGGAUACACACGUAUAGGCCAAAUCGAAAAACGGAAACAAAUAAUAUUUGGCGUCAGUGUGUUCCUUCUGUUUCAUAUUUUCAACUAUCCAUGGCCAUUCUAUCCAGGACCACUAGACUAUAUCCCCGAAGGAAAAAACACCACAGAAGUUGGAGGAUGCCUGCGUUCAUAUAAAUGGUGUGAAACCUCUGUUAGAGUUCCGUUCCCAAUCUAUUUAAUCUGCUUUGUCUUCUUCUUUGGAGUUUCUUUUCCAUUCACAGGGUCACCCUCAGCGACACUCUACUCUCAAAUUCUUGGACCUCGUAAGCAGGGUAUGAUGCAGGGUAUCCAUUCAUUUGGAGGAAGCGUUUCUCAAUUUUUUGCACCAAUUUUAACAACAUAUCUGUUCCAGAUCUCAGGAUACAAGUACGUUAUGGUCACCCAAAUCUGCACGUUAAGCCUGGCACUUAUUCUUACAAUCUCGUUCUACACACGUCUAGUACCAUUGAAGAUGAAGCCUGAAUUGGGAAAAGCUGCAAAGUACAAAAAUGAGCGCUGCGCCAACACACAGCGCUUAACGAUCGCUCAUUCCUGGGAGGAUUUCAUUAUGAAUGCUAGAAAGGGUAAGCCUACAGAUAAGUUGAAGGCGCUGGAGGACUGCCUUUCCGAGUUGACUGUAGCUGACGAAAGUGUAGUUCGGGGAGCUUUAUCCGCUGGUCAAGAUCUCUGUGAUUUCUCUGCGCAAGUAAAGGAGGAACUUACAGAAGCACACAGAAUAGCUGUUCGAGAAUGUAUUCAAAAUGCAGACAAGUUAACAGAUCUUCAUAAUCAAAUCGUUGCUUGUGACCAGGUGUUCGAGCGGCUUGAAAAGAUGUUGCUCGGAUUCCAAGACGAUUUGGGAACAAUAAGCGAAGAUAUGAAAAGACUACAAGAUCAGUCAGUCUCAAUAAAUCAGGAGCUAGAGAAUCGCCAAAAGGUCCGAGGAGAACUCAGUCAGUUCGUCGAUGACAUUAUUGUCCCACAAAACAUGAUCAAAGUGAUUAUGGAAACUGAUGUGAAUGACAGAGCCUUCCUUGAGCAGUUACACGAGCUUCAACAUAAGAUUAGCUUCGUUCGCGCCCAAGAAUUCAAAGAUGCUCGUGCUGUUUACGACGUGAUGGGAGUGUUAGAAAGUCUCAAAUUCAAGGCAAUCGAGAAGAUACGAGAAUGGGUUUUGAACAAGAUUUAUAUGUUUCGCAAACCCCUGUCGAACUAUCAAGUGCCUCAGCAUCAGCUGUUAAAAUAUCGCUUCUUCUUCGAGUUUCUUUCAGCCAACGAAAGCAACAUCGCCCAGGAGGUGCAAGAAGAAUACGUGGACACCAUCAGCAAGAUGUUCUUCUCCUACUUUAAGGCUUAUAUAUCUCGUCUUUUCAAGCUUAUGAUGUCGGAUGCUGCUUCCAAGGAAGAUCUUCUCGGUGCGGAAGACUCAGUGAAAUCGAGUGGACUUACAGGACUGUUUGCUGCAAAGCCACAUCAUAGGAAUAGGGCAACUGUGUUCUCGCUUGGAUCAAGACAACAAAUAUUAACGCACGACUUCCUGAAUCCACUUAUUGUUCCCCAUGCUGCUCAGGAGUCCAGUCAGAAGUUUCAAUUCGAAGCUCUCUUUCGAUCAAUCCACUUGGCUUUCGUUGACCACUGUAGCCACGAGUUCCUAUUUCUCACAGAUUUCUUCAUGGUAUCCGGGCAAGCUGCUGUAGAUUUGCAUGCGAAGGUGAUGGGUAGAGCCAUUGCUCAUCUGAUCCGUGCGUUCGACGAGAAAAUCGCCAUUAAUUUUGACUGCAUAAGUCUACACUUGUGUAUCUGUUUGUGCGACAAAUUCCACCGAUUGCUCGCGGAGCGAGAAAUACCAUCGAUGAGCGGGUACUGGGAAACCAUUUCGAACCAGCUGUGGACCAGACUGGCCCAUGUAAUGCAAAUGCAUAACGACAGCGUCAAAGCGCUUGACGUUAAGCGUAUGCAGACACCUGUCGACACUCGACCACAUUAUAUAGUAAGACGCUAUGCUGAGUUGACAUGCGCGUUCCUGGUUGUUACAGAAUCUAGUGGACGUGAGGUCGGCCAGAAGAUGGAAGCCAUUUUGGAGUCGUGUGAAGAUGCUGUGGAGCAGUUACUGUUGCGAAUGUCAGCAACUCUGCCAUCCACAAGGGAUCGACUUGUUUUUCUGAUAAACAACUACGAUCUAACGCUAACUAUCAUUGAUGAGCGAGUUGUCCAGGACAGCAGAAUACAUUCAAUUAUUCAUGAGUUAGAGCAGAAGGCUAUUGGAGAGUUUGUGGAGGCCACGUUGCAGCCACAUUUCUCGCCACUGCUUUCGUUUGUGAGCGAAUGUGAACCCUUAGUACAACAAGGGCAUACCCAUCUACUUGUUAGAUACAACGAUAAGCUAACGGCAGUGGUGCAGUCUUUUUCUGCGAACUGGCGCCGUUCUAUCGAUGCCAUCAAUGGAGAAGUUGUGAAGUCGUUCACGAACUUUAAAAAUGGCACUAACAUUUUACAGGCCGUCUUCACUCAGCUGGUGCAGUAUGUCCAACGAUUCUCCAAAUUAGUAUCGCAUGAGAUUUUCCGCGAUAACCCCUCCCGCAACGACAUGGUCAAUAUUCAUCACAUUUUGGUAGAGCUCAAAAAGUACAAGCCAGUAUAUUAA